AUGGAACCAUAUCAUAUUGUCGAUUUGGAUGCACAACAUCAAUAUCGAGAAAGAAAUAAUGCAUCAUGGGAUAUUAUAAGAAAUGAUAUUGAAACAAAUAGUAUACGAUCUGAACCAAAUAAUUACGUAUUCAUAGACGAUGGACAAUUUGUAAGUAAAAUAUUUCAGUAAGACAUUUAUUAAUUUUUGUAUAAUUAGAUAUCCGAUACAACAUCUUUGGAUGCAAUAACUGAAGUAAUUGUUGAAGAAAUAAUUGAAAUACCUCAACCUCCGCCUCCUGUACAAAGUCCACAAAAUCUUGAAGAAGAUGAGGAUCAACCGGAUGUUUAUUGUAUGUAUUGUGAUUUGAAGCUAACUCAAAAUGAUAUUCAUAAUGAAGAAACAUGUAAGAAAUAUGCACCAGUUAUUCAUAGGUUUGUUAUUUUUAAGGAAAGGAGCUUAUGAAAAACAAUAUUUUUAUAACAGGUGUGAUAAAUGUACGAGUUGCUUCAAUUUUGAAAGAAAUCUGAAAGUUCAUAAAUUGUCAGAACAUUUUGAUCAAUCGACAUUCGAUAAAAGUACAGUUUGUCCAAUUUGCGGAGAGAAAGAUAAGAAGACAUUUUCGAGAUUCUCAGUUUUUCAAUCUCAUAUCCGAUCACAUUUGGUUAAAGAUGCUUUUGAAUGUAAAAGAUGUGAUACUGGUUCAAGAAUCGAAUUCGCGACGCAAGUAAGUAUUUACAAAAUUAUUUCGGAAGUUUAAAAAAUUGAAAUUUGUAGGUGGAGUUGAAUAAACACAUUCGAUACGAACACGAAAAACCAAAUGAAUUAUCUUUCUGUCCAAAAUGUCAAAAAGUAUUUGUUCUCGAAGAAACUGCGGCUCAUCUUUCUCUUCACGUUGUUCAUAAAAAACUCGAAAAGAAACAAGCCACCAAAAGUAAUAAGAAAACUAUAGAAAAAGAAAGAAAACAUAAAUGUGAUCAAUGUGAAAAGGCAUUUAUUCGACCGGCUGAAUUGAAAAGACAUCUCACUGUACACGAUAAAAAUAGUAGGUUUUCUUCUUUUUUUUUGGAUUAUUUAUUACAAUUUUAAAAUUAUAGAAACAAACAAAUGGAAAUGUGCAAUUUGUUCAAAAGAAUAUACACAUAUUACGGGUCUUUAUGAACAUAAACGGGUUGCACACGGCGAAUCAAAUUCAUUCGAUUGUAAAAUUUGCGGGUUCAAAUUCACAAAAGGAAGUAAUCUCGAUAGACAUAUCAAAAAUAUUCAUUCAUUAAACGAAAAUGAAUCAAAGAAAUUCGAUUGUAUUGAUUGUCCGAGUACACACAGCACUUUGGGAUCAUUAACAAUGCAUAGAAAACGUGUACAUAAUUAUCAAAAUGCACCAUCUACAAGUAAAAAAGGUUUGUCUAUCAGCGGGUGGUUUUUAUGAAAAAGAAUUUCAUUUUUUUCAGUUCCUCUCAAAUGUGAUCAAUAUUUUUGUAAAAUUUGCCAGAGAGAAUUCAAAGAACCCGGAAUGUUGAAAAAACACGAAUACUUCCAUUUGUUGGUUGAAAAACGAUUGCGGACAGAUAAUGAAACAUUUUCAUGCGAAUAUUGUACAAAAACAUUUGUUCUUAAAGCUUCUUAUAAUUGGCAUUUACAAGUUCAUUUUGAAGAAGAUCAACAAGAUUAUCCAUUUUGUGCGGUUUGUAAUCUACAAUUUGAAACACAGGAUCAUUUCAAAGAACAUAUUAAUCAACAUCAUUCGGUUUCAUGUUCAAUUUGUCAACAAAAAUUCACAUCAAGACAAUCUUAUGAACAACAUAUUUGUCAUCAAAGUUAUUCCAAUGUAAGUUUAUUUUAGUUUGGUAAUUUGUGUGGUUGAAAAAUUUGUAAAUUUUGAAAAUAAUGAUUUUCUUUAAGAAUGGGUGGAAAUUUUAAUUUAUGAGAAAAACUUCAGAAAUUUUCUAAAGAAGACUAGAGAAAAGUUAACUGAUAAAAUGAUAAUAAAUUCAACAAAAUAUGUUUUUAGAAACAAUUUGUGACUGAUACAAUAUCAUCUCAUUUGAGUCAUCAUCGAACUGUUAUUUGUCGAUUAUGUAAACCACCACAACGUCUUGUUACUUUAAAACAAAUCAAUGAUCAUAAAGCAAAACAUCUACCAAGAAAAGCACAUUUAUGUUGGACUUGUCAUAGAUCUUUCAAAACAGCAAGUAAGUUUUCGGUUUAUUUUUGUUACUAGAGCAUCACUUUUAUUUUUCAAUAAUUAUUUAUAGGAAUUCUUGGUUUGCAUCGAAUGACUCAUAAUUCUCAACAAAUUCAAUGCUCUCAUUGUUUGUUAGUUUUUACAAAUCGAAUUGAUUUAAAACAACAUAUUCGAUCUGUUCAUACUAUUGAUAAUAAUGAUUCAUAUGAAUGUGGAAUAGCAAUUGAUCGAAGUGCUGUUAUGUCUGCACAAUCAUUUGCUGAAUAUGGAUUAGAAAAUGAAGAUUUUGGAAAUGUUGCUCGAGCUCAAUCAGUUAUUGAAUGGAAUCAUCCACCAAUUCAAUAUCAACCACCAAUUUAUCAAGAAAUCCACGAAGGACAAGUUCGAUGUCAAGUUUGUCAGCAUUCCUAUAAUAAUAUUGAAUUAUUAUGUGAACAUUGGCAAGCAAAUGAAUCAGACGGCGAACAUUCAUUUGCUGUUAUUAGUUGCCCAAUUUGUGAUUCAAGAUUUCGAGGAGUUUCAGAAGCAUCUGAUCAUAUUAGAUAUUCUCAUUUAUAUCAAAGAACUCGACAAUUAUCAUUUUUACGAACAAUUGAACCAAUUUGUGAACAACAACAACCAUCUCAACCAUCUCAACCACAAAAAACUGUCAAACAUUCUCAUUUUUGUACUCAUUGUAAUAAGAGUUUCAAAAAGAAAUGUGAUUUAACACGACAUAUUACAAUUCAUACUGGAGAAAGACCAUUUCAAUGUGAUCAAUGUCAAUUAUCAUUUCGACUUUUAUCAACAUUACGAAAUCAUCAAUUUAUUCAUACAAAUGAACCACCAUCGCAUAAAUGCUUAGUUUGUAAAAAGGUAACAUUUUCAAGAUAUUUUUCAUUACGAAACUCAAAUUCUAUUUCCUCAAGAAAUUCUCCAAUCCUUGAGUGUUUGGGUCAAAAAGUUCCUCAUUUUUUUAGCAAGCUUUGAGUUUUCUUUGAACUAACAAUACGUUUUUCAGUUAUUUUUCGAACGAAAAUCAUUGGUUGUACAUAUGCGAAUUCAUACGGGUGAAACACCAAUGAAAUGUAAAUUCUGCGAUGAUUGCUUUCGAACUGCAUUUUUAUGUCGACAACAUGAAAAAACGUGUAUGAAUAAUAUGACAAUUAUUAGUGUUGAACCAGUUAUUAUCCAAGAUAUGAAUGAGGAAAUGAAUCGAACUAUUACACAAAUUUCAACAUUACCAGCAGUUCCUCUUCAUAUUUCACAAACUUCUGCAUUUGCAACAGUUCAUCCAGAUUCAAAUAAGGUAUUUUUCUUUUUUUUUUAUUGUGAUUUUUCAUACAAAUAUUUUAUAGAUCAAUAAUUUUUCAAUAUUUAUUAUCACCAAACCAAUCGAUAUUAAUAAUUUCAUAGUUUUGGUUCAAUAUAUUGCACCAGAAAAAGGUUCAAUUCGACAAACAGUUGAUACAAUAUCUGAAAUUAGUUAUAAUCAAAUACAAUCAACUGAUAAAUUGACAAUUGUUCUUCAUAAUAAUUUGCGACUUCAUGUGAGCAGUUCGAAAUUAUUGGAACAUGUUAUUCAUCGAAGAAAUUUGAAAGUAAAAGUUCAACUUGGAGAUAUGACUGAUGAAAUAUUUCAAAUAUUAUCAUUGGAUCAAGAAAGUUAUGCGAGAAGGUUAGUUUUCAGAAGAAAAUUGGAAUUUUAUGAUAUUUGUUUUGCAGAUGUGAUAUUUGUGAAGUCGAAUUUGAAACUCGUGAAGAAAGUGAGGAUCAUUUUUAUUCCGAAGAUCAUGAAACUGCUCAAUUAAUGUUCCCAAUGACAAAAAUACAAGAAAAUUCACAACAACAACAACCAAUUAUGAAUGUACCGUAUGCUAUAAAUCCAGAUCAAUUUAUGAAUAUGAUGUAAGUUUUCUAAUAGAAAUUUGGUCUUUUUCAAGUUCAAAAGAAAUCUGCCUUUGAUCUACAAAAAAUUAUAUUAAACAUUUUAGAGAUCGAAAUUCGCGAAAAAUUGGUUCUGUUUAAAAAAAUGCACCGCAUUCUAAGUUUUCCCUAAGCUAAUUUUAAUAAUAAAAUUUUACUAAAAUUAAGAAAUUUUUGCCUAUUAAAAGUUCCAAGUCCCUCUUUUUUUUCAAAAACUCGGAAUCAAAUAUAAUAUUGUUUUCAGCCAAGACAAUCCAAUAUCAGAUUACACAUGCAAACGUUGUGGUCGAAAAUUCCUCGAUAUGGAACCACUUGUUGCUCAUAUUAAAAAAGAACACGAUCGAGGUGAUGGCGAAGGUUUAAUUCCACCAAGACCUGCUGCUCAUACAGCACCAAUUCAUUGA